AUGCAGGCCGCCAUCGGCGCGGCCAGCUGGCUGGUUGGCAAGGUGCUGAAUAAGCUCUCUAAUGAAUUGGUGGCCACGUAUGUGGCCAGCUCGGAGCUCGGCCUCAACUCCGAGCAGAUCCAUACCAAGUUAAAGUACAUGCAAGGGUUGCUGCACUUUGCUCAAGAGAGAGAUGUGAGCAUCAACCCUGGCCUGCAGAGCUUGCUGGAGGAUCUGAGCAAGAAGGCUGAUGAGAUUGAGGACGUGCUGGAUGAGCUCCACUACUUCAUGAUACAAGACCAGUUGGAUGGCACACGGGAGGCUGCCCCGGAGCUGGGUGAUGGCCUCCGCGGUCAUGCCCUCCAUGGCAUUCAUGCUGCUAAGCAUACCAUUGGUAACUCGAUCCCAUGCUUUUCUUGCUCACAGCCAGGGCAACUUGCCCUUCCUUUUCGGAAAAAACAAUGCCUUUGUGACCCACACACUGCGAGCAGGUCAGCUGGUAGCAAUGAUGCUGUUGGGAAGUUGAAAUUCGAUAGGGUGGCCAUGUCCAACAAAAUUAAGUCAUUGAUACAGAGCAUACACAUUCUAUGUGAUCCUGUCUCUGACUUGCUGAACAAAAUCCCAAAUAAUAGCACAACUGGCACCCCCAAAAGGCCUCCCACAGGUUCAGUAGUUUCACAAGAUAAAUUGUAUGGAAGAAGCGUCAUCUUUGGGCAAACUGUAAGUGCGCUCACUAAUAGCACAUAUCUUGGUGAAACCCUUUCUAUUCUGCCUUUUGUUGGCCCAGGGGGUAUAGGAAAGACAACCUUCACCCAACACUUGUAUAAUGAUAAAAGGAUUGAGGGGCACUUCCCAGUUAGGGUCUGGGUAUGUGUCUCGACUGAUUUUGAUGUGCUCAACCUCACCCGGCAGAUCCUUAGAUGCAUACCUGCAAUUGAAAGAGAAGAACACAAAUGUACUGUUGAGACUGCCAAUUUAGACCAGCUUCAAAAAUCCAUUGCAGAGCGACUGAAGUCCAAAAGAUUUUACCACUUGAAAUUUCUAGAUCUCAGUGUCUGGCAUGGUAGUAAAAAGUUGCCUAAAGACAUUAGCCGCCUUGUGAAUUUACGAUAUUUUCUUUCUUCCAAAGAACUCCAUUCCAAUAUUCCUGAGGUUGGAAAGAUGAAGUGUUUACAUGAGCUAAAAAAUUUCAGUGUUAAGAAAGAGGGUGUUGGAUUUGAACUGAAAGAGCUGGGGGAGUUGAGAGAGCUCGGGGGUAAACUCACUAUAUGUAAUCUUGAAACUGUGGCAUCCAAGGGAGAAGCUAGUGAAGCCAAACUGAGGAACAAAAGAAAUCUGAAAGAGUUGAGAUUAGUAUGGGGUACAAAGCACCAGACUGUAGAUGAUGAUGUUCUUGAUGGUCUUCAACCAGAUGCUAAUCUUAGGGUGCUUCACAUUAUAAAUCCUGGUGUUGGUCCUUGUCCUGGAUGGUUGCUUGGUGAUAUUAGCACAAAAAGGUUGGAGUCUCUUCAUCUGGAGGGUCUUUCUUGGUGUCCUCUUCCAGCUUUCGAGCAGCUACCACACCUCAAUAGUCUCACUUUGAAAAAUAUUGCUGGGAUGAGUGUGUUCGGGCCUGGCUUUAGUGGUGUUACAGAAAGAAGCUUCAUGCACCUGAAGAAACUUGAGUUCGAGAAUAUGCCAAAGCUUGAGAAGUGGGUCGGGGAACCUAAUAGCUGUCUAUUUUCAGGGCUUGAAAGCAUCAAGGUUGAAGGUUGUCCCCUUCUCAGCUUGUUUCCCUUCUUGGAGUGCUCAGACCUAUUUACCAACCUGUGUACUCUUCAUAUUGAUGGAUGCCCCAAGUUGUCUCAGUUCCCACCCAUGCCUCACACCUCCACACUAACAGAUAUUCGUGUGAAAAAUUAUGGGUCAAAGCUAUUAUAUGAUGGUAAGGAAUUGAGCAUUAAAGGGUAUACCAGGGCUUUGGCUUUCCAUAAUAUGGAUAAAGUAGAAGUUAUGAAAAUUACAGAUGUGUCACACAUUUCGUUUUUAGACCUCCAAAAACUGAAUUCGUUGAGAAGUAUACGUUUCAAGAAAUGCAGUGACAUGUUUUGUGCAGAACUAGACUACAAUGUUGUCCUCCAUUCAGUUCAGAAAAUUCAAAUGGAAGAAUUAUGUAUUACUGGAAAAUUGUUCUCAAAGGUUUUGAAGUGUUUCCCUGCCGUUUCCCAGCUUGACAUCAGAGGGUGUAGGGACCUUGAACUUCCGCUUGUGGAUGUUGGAGGACUCUUGGGCCUCAGGAUGCUCCAAUCAUUUACAGGAUACUAUUGUGGGAAUUUGUUCUCUCGGUGGCCCAAGGAAGAAAUAGGUGAAGGAGCUCAUACCAUCAAGCCUUUCCCUACUUCCCUCAGGGAACUUUAUAUUUCCUCUGAGUCAAGCAUGCAGUCAAUUGGUCUGCUCUCAAAUCUCACAUCUCUCACCAGUCUAAGUCUGUCAAGUUGUAAAGAAUUAACAAUCGAUGGGUUCAAUCCUCUCGUCACAGUCAACCUCAAGAAACUGACCGUAGAGGCUAGCUAUGAGACACAAGAGAACAAGUCUAUAGCAGGGGAUCUGCUGUCAGAGAUUGCAAGGAGCAACUUAAUGCAUGCAGGUUCAUUGCAGUUGGAAGUAUUUGAGGUGGAUAGCAUAUUGGCAGUGCUUACUAUUCCUAUCUGCAGCCACCUCGCUGCAAGCCUCCAUACAUUGCAGUUCAGUUUUGAUCAAUGGGCAACAACCUUCACAGAAGAGCAAGAGCAAGCGCUCCAACUCCUCACCUCCCUCAAACAUCUCAAAUUUCAAGAUUGCUAUAAUCUACAGUUCCUCCCUCAAGGGUUACGUGGCCUUUCUUCUCUCAAGACACUACAGAUCUUCGGUUGUGAGAAAAUCCAAUGCUUGCCGACCAAGGAGGGCCUCCCCGCUUCACUGGAAAAGCUGUAA